ACUGUUGGUUUGUCUCUACAGGACAAGAUAGACGGCUUCGUUCCAGCUCACUUCCUGGGAUGGUAUAUCAAGACUCUGGUGAUCCGGGACUGGUGGAUGUGUAUGAUAAUCAGUGUCAUGUUUGAGUUCCUGGAAUACAGCCUCGAGCACCAGCUGCCCAACUUCUCAGAGUGCUGGUGGGAUCAUUGGAUCAUGGACGUGUUGGUGUGUAACGGCCUGGGGAUCUACUGCGGCAUGAAGACCCUCGGCUGGCUGUCCAUGAAGCCCUACCAGUGGCAGGGGCUGUGGAAUAUCCCCACAUACAAGGGAAAGAUAAAGCGCAUAGCUUUCCAGUUCACUCCGUACAGCUGGGUGAAGUUUGAGUGGAAGCCUGCUUCAAACCUUCGUCGCUGGCUCGCCGUGUUAGGAAUUAUCUUUAUG